AUGGCGAUCUACACUGAUGCUGCGCCGUCUUUGGCGGGCAGCACGAUCAUGUUGACAGUAUUGGCUUUACUCACUUACGGAUUGCGGGUGUAUUGUAGAGUGACUCGCAAGUCAUGGGGAACGGAAGAUUGGAUCAUGACAGCUGCAUUGGUACCAUUCGCCGUGCUUGUAGCAGGAUGCAUUGGAGGAGCGUUCAAUGGAAUCGGCAUUCGUAAUUCAACCCUUGCAGAGCCUGGUAAUGAAAAAUACACGGAACUGGGAAAGAAGUUCUUCCUGGUCUUCGAAGUCGGCUAUUGCUCUGCCAUUAUUCCGAUUAAGCUUAGCAUCGGCUGGAUGUUGAUUCGCGUGGCAGGGAAACGCAAGACGUAUCUCUAUAUCCAAUAUUCUGUCAUUGUCACAUUCGUGGUCAUGAACAUCAUCGCUUUGAUCUUCAUUCUUACAAACUGCAUUCCCGUGUCGGCUCAAUGGAGUGCUGAAGCUCUCGCGAAUGGAGGCCACUGCAAGCCGAGUUACGUCCUUGCCGAUGUGUACUACGCUUGUACCGCUGUCAACAUCGUUACCGAUUGGAUAACCGCUUGCUUGCCGAUUCCUCUGCUUUGGAACGUCCAAAUCAACCGAAACACCAAAAUUUCGAUCGUUGCCUUGAUGGGUCUCGGUAUCUUUGCAUCUUUGUCAGCCUGUGUCCGACUGAAGUAUACUGUCGCCCUUACCAACCAAGAUGAUUAUCUAUACGCGGUCGCCAAUGUGGUCAUCUGGGGAUUCGCAGAGAACGGUAUCGGCAUGAUCGUUGGAAAUGUGGCAACCCUCCGCCCGCUAUUCCGCAUCCUUCGUGAUGGCAAGUCCUCGGAUCCCUACCACCAGUCACCCGGGUUCAAGAGUUCCCACCGCAGUAUGGGGGCUGGGGCUGUAUUCUCCGGAAAUUACGAGCUCCACGACCACGAGAAGAACACCACCACCGCUACUGGCGCUGAUCACACGCGACGGGGCAGCAUGAGCGAUGGAGAUAGCCAGAAAGACAUGCUCGAGAAUGGUCAACGCCCUGGCCAAGCCGAUAUUCUCGUCAGUCGACAGGUUGUUGUGGCCUAUGACUAG